CUGACUACUCUCAGCUCGUGGACGGCGCCAGGCACAGAGUGCAACCAUGUCCACCGGUUUCUCCUUCGGCACCGGGACUCUGGGCUCCACCACCGGCGGCACGGCCGGUGGCUUCUCCUUCGGAACUGGGGCGUCUAGCAACCCUUCUGUGGGGCUCAAUUUUGGAACUCUUGGAAGCACUGCAACCCCAGCAACUACAUCUGCUGCUUCGGGUGGUUUUGGAACUGGGCUUUUUGGAUCUGAAUCUGCCACUGGGUUCACUCUAGGAGGAACAAAUACAGGAACACCAGCCACUACAUCUACAUCUACAACAGGUUUCAGUUUAGGAUCCAGUAAACCUGCAGGAUCCGCCACACCAUUUGCUCUACCUAUUACUUCUACCUCAGCUGGUGGUCUCACUCUUUCAUCUGCUCUGACAUCAACUCCAGCAGCUUCUACAGGAUUUACUCUAAGUAAUUUGAGUGGAACAACAGCCACAACGACCACCGCAUCAACGGGCCUCUCUUUAGGGGGAGCCUUAGCUGGUUUGGGAGGUUUGCUUUUCCAAAGUACAAAUACAGCAACAUCAGGACUUGCACAGAGUGCUCUGGGCUUGACUUCAGGAACCACUGCAGCUACUUCAACUGCAAGCAAUGAAGGACUUGGUGGUAUAGAUUUUAGUAGCUCAUCAGAUAAAAAGAGUGAUAGAACAGGAACAAGACCAGAGGACAGUAAGGCACUAAAGGAUGAAAAUCUACCUCCUGUCAUCUGCCAAGAUGUUGAAAAUCUCCAGAAAUUUGUGAAGGAACAAAAACAAGUCCAAGAAGAAGUUAGUAGAAUGUCUUCAAAAGCAAUGCUUAAAGUACAAGAAGAUAUUAAAGCUCUAAAGCAGCUUCUCUCAUUGGCUGCCAGUGGAUUACAGAGAAACACUUUCAAUAUUGACAAAUUGAAAAUAGAAACUGCUCAGGAGUUGAAGAAUGCUGAAAUAGCUUUAAGAACCCAGAAUACUCCACCUGGAUUUCAUCAUGAAAAUACAGCUCCUGCUGACUGCUUCAGAAUCUUGGUUCAGCAGUUUGAGGUACAGCUUCAGCAGUACAGACAGCAGAUUGAAGACCUAGAAAACCAUCUUGCUACUCAAGCAAAUAACUCACAUAUAACUCCUCAAGAUUUGUCAAUGGCUAUGCAGAAAAUUUAUCAAACAUUUGUAGCUUUAGCUGCACAACUUCAGUCUAUUCAUGAAAAUGUAAAGGUGCUCAAAGAACAGUACCUUGGCUACAGGAAAAUGUUCUUGGGAGACGCUGUAGAUGUGUUUGAAGCCAGGCAAGCAGAAGCCAAGAAGUGGCAGAAAGCUCCCAGAGUUACCACUGGACCCACCCCUUUCAGCAACGUGUCAAACGCAGCAGCCGUUGCGAUGGCUGCAACACUUACACAGCAGAAACAGCCUGCUACGGGUCUGAAUUCAUUCAAGUUAUAG